GUUACCUACCUUUAUAUUGGAACUCUUCAGUGUAGAAGCGCACAUGAGUACGAAGAGACAAAAAUAUUGAAAUGUACCGGCUAGUUCCGUCAACUAGAUUACUAAGCCGAAGUAUAUCUUCAGUAUCUCGUAAAUUUCAACACAACAGCUGUUCUUCAGAUCAUUUGUGUGUACGAUGCUUGUCAAAUCAAUCUGAAAACAAAAGAAAACAACAUGAUUGGUCAUCAAAAAAUACAACAUACACAGCUGUGGCAGCUACUUCACUGGCUUCACUGUAUAUGUUGAUGAAAUACUUAAGAAAAGAAGAGAACCAGUGGUUUUACAACACAGCUCAGUGUGAAACGAUGCAUGUCAAAGCAGGAGUUGUUCCAGGAACAACCAAAACACCAGUUACAAUGGAAGAAAAUAAACCCACAGAAACCCAAGACAAUAAAGAGGAAGCUACACCUGAACCACCAUUUUAUAAAUACCUCAUAGUGGGAGCUGGGACAUCCUCAGUAGCAGCUUACAGGGCAAUAAAAGCUCGUGAUCCUAAAGCAAAGAUACUUAUCAUUGGAGAUGAACCAGAUAUUCCUUAUGAGCGCCCUCCAUUGUCUAAAGAGCUUUGGUACAUUGACAAAGAUCUAGCUAAAGUAUACAAAUUUGGAAAAGGAAAGAGAGACAUGAUAUUCUAUGAACCAAGACCAUUUUAUCUUGAUCCCAGGGCAUUACUAGAGGCAGAAAAUGGAGGUGUUGGUAUAAUCUCUGGUAAAAAGGUUUUGAAGCUUGACUCUCACAAGAAAAAGGUGUGGCUGAGUGAUGGAUCAGAAAUAUGCUAUGAUAAAUGUCUUCUGGCGACAGGGGGCAGUCCAAAGAACCACCCAGUUAUGGAGAAAGCAGAGAAAGAGGUUCAAGACAGAACUAUUCUCUUCAGAAAUACUUCAGAUUUUUCUCGACUUUAUGAAGCCAUUGAAAACUCCAAGUCAGUAGCCAUUAUUGGUGGUGGUUUUCUGGGAAGUGAGUUGGCAUGUGCUCUAGGAUUUAAAGGGUUAAAAGUGCACCAGAUCAUUCAAGAAAAAGGAAAUCUUGGAACCGUUCUCCCAGAAUACCUCAGUAAACACACCACAGAUAAAGUUCGGGAAAGUGGUGUAAAUGUGAUGACUAGUCAGUCAGUGACAGAAGCACGGUACAAUGACAAUCAGGUGGAACUGACCCUGGAUAAUGGGUCAAAGGUCUCGGUGGAUAAUGUAGUGGUGUCUGUAGGUUUAGAGCCCAAUGUAGAGCUGGCCAAGACGUCUAACUUAGAGGUGGACGAGAAGCACGGAGGGUUCCGCGUGAAUGCAGAACUGGAAGCCAUGUCUGAUGUGUGGGUGGCCGGUGAUGUAUCCUGUUUUUAUGAUAUCAAACUUGGUCGACGACGCAUAGAACAUCAUAAUCAUGCAUGGGUCAGUGGAAAGUUGGCCGGUGAAAAUAUGACUGGGGCAGCAAAAAUGUAUAGGUACCAGUCUGUGUUCUGGUCAGAUCUGGAACCAUAUGUAUCAUUCCAAGCGAUUGGAAUCAUAGACUCCAAUUUAGAAACGUAUGCAGUAUUUGAAAGACCUCCAGAGAAAAAGAAACGGAGAAAGAAGAAAUCAGAGAAGAGCAAUUCAGAGAAAAAUCAAUUAUUGGAUGCCAAACAGUCACAGGGAACAGAACAAUCACAGACCACUAGUUCUAAAGAUAUUGGACCCAUAAUGGGAAAACCGGAAGAGGAGUUUAACAAAGGGGUGAUCUUUUACCUAAGGGGUGGAUCCAUUGUGGGCAUUUUACUGUGGAAUCUUUCAGGGAAAAUAUACAGAGCAAGACAGGUUCUAAGUGAUGGAUGCAGAGAUGAAGAUUUGUAUGAAGUGGCUAAGCUGUUCUUUGCACCAAGGAAACGGGAAAAUUGAGGCUGUGAUAAAUGGGAUUUUAUUGUGAUUAGAGAGAACUAUUGAAAAUAAAACUUUGUUUACAUUU